CAAGUUUCGAAGCUUUAAAAGCUAGAGUGGAGUUUGGUAACAACAAUGAAAAGGCUUUACUAGAAAAUGGACCAAACGAGCUUGGAGAGUUAAUAGGCUAUGUCUUGGAGAUAGGAAAGAACCUUUCGAAACUUAAAAAACUUAAAACAGCUCUUAACAUGAAUGAACCAAAAUUGCAGAUGGAAUUUCAGUACAAUGAUGAACGCCAAUACACCACUCCUCCCUCGGAUAAAUUAAGCAAGAGUGCAUCUUGGAACGAGAAUAUUUUAUUAAACAUAAAAAGAUCGGAUGCUGACAAAGAGGCGAACCUGAUUAUUAAAUGUUGGGACAAUAGAACAACGGGGCCAGAAGGGGUUUUAAUGGAGAUGAAGAAGAGUAUUUAUGAAAUGAGGAAUUAUCAACGAACCGAAAACAGCAGAGUCAAGAUUUGUUUAAAUGAAAUGGAAUUAACAUUUAAAAUUUACUUUAUAGAUUUGUGCGGGAUGUCUGGUCCUUUAGAAUUUAAGUUAGAUCAAGACAAACAUUCAACCAAGGAUUACUGGAAAACCUCACAAUCAGAAUUCAAAUGGCCAGUAUCCCUAUUUUUACUUGACAAGAUCAGUGAACUGACUAUUCAUUGUGUGCUUUCAAGUAAUCAGGGAUGCCCAACAACUAAAAUAAAAAUUGGCCCAUCUAAUAAUAAAUCCGAGAACCGGAUUUGGGAAAAUUUAAUAAAAUCUGUUGGGCCGAUUCCACUAAUGGAAAGAGGAAUGGAUUAUUCAAAUGUAGAGUUUUUAUUAACACUGCAUACUAUUACUCCAAUAAGUGAAUUAUCAUCUCCAAACCUUACUCGUGGACACAAGGAUAACUUCAUUUGGAGCUAUCUUGAGGAUCAUGAUGAUUAUAGAGUCUGUUCUGGAAUGUAUCUUCUGAACAUCAUAAUCAAUAAAAAAAUAAUUCGGCUAAUAAUUGCAUCUCCCGUUUAUGGUACUCUUCAACCAAAUGAGAAGGAAAAGUCAUUCAAUACAUUUUAUGGUUAUUUGAAACAUUUAUGA